GUACGGCGGUAAACGAUUUUUUGGAUGGGCUACUUUUGGCUCCGGUGUGGUAACAUUGCUCAUACCCUAUGCAGCAAUGUUCAGCUACUCUGCCGUUAUUUCUAUUAGGGUGAUACUUGGAUUGCUACAGGGAGUGACAUUACCAGCAGUGCUGGUUGUUUGGUCGCAGUGGGCACCGCCGCUGGAAAGACAAAAGCUCAUUAACCUUAGCCUGUCUGGCUCGACUUUUGGAAUUAUCUUGACCUAUCCAUCUGUGAGUAUCAUGUGUCACAUGGACAAAGAAGGCUGGGGAUACAUUUUUUAUAUAUCAGGCGCAGUGACAAUCACAUGGUGCGUUCUCUGGUAUUAUUAUGUUCACGACACACCCAGCAAGCAUCCUCGGAUCACCCAACUGGAGAAAGCGUACAUUCACAACUGUCUCAGACACAAUAUGCCCCUAAAGGAAACGCACAUAACUCCAUGGCUAGAAAUGAUGUCAUCACCACCAAUAUGGGCUUAUAUAUUGACCCAUAUGGCUUCUACCUUCCAACUGUACGGCCUCAUGUCGUAUAUGACCAUUUACUUGCAGGACGUUCACUAUUUCUCGAAAACAGAG